AUGGAGGCUCUUACCACUCUAUGGCAGCUCAACACCGAGCAAAAGGCCCACGAAUUCUUGGACAGCCAGCGCGACCCGAUCCGUAUUAGCAAUUUUGUGGGCAAUGAAUUCGUACCUUGCACGACGUCGAAUAAAUGGGUAGAUUCAUUUGACCCUAGAAGCGGAAAGGUAUUGGCCCAAGUUCCUCUGGGCGCUUUAGUGGACGUGGAAAUGGCUGUCGAGGCCGCCACGAAAGCGUUCCCUUCGUGGUCGCGGACGUCGCGAAAGUCAAGGUCUCAGAUGCUGCAAAGAAUCGCCAGCAUUAUCAGCGAGGAAAAAGAGCUUUUUGCGGUCUGGGAGAGCAUUGACCAAGGGAAGACUCUCUCACGGGCGAGAGUUGAGGUCGAGAGAGCGAUUGAUAACUUCAAUUACUUUGCUACAUAUAUCCUGCACGAAGAACAUGCCUCUCGGUAUGUCGAUGGACCGACCUCAGUCUUGACGUACGAGCAUCGAUCUCCCGUGGGCGUCUUUGGGCUCAUCACCCCAUGGAACAUGCCCCUCUAUCUUUUGACCUGGAAAAUUGCACCUUGUCUCGCCUUUGGCUGUGUAGGAAUUGCAAAGCCAAGUGAGGUGACUAGUAUGACCGCAUUCCUUUUGGCAGAGGUGUUUAGGAAGGCGGAACUGCCUCCUGGGGUGAUUAACAUCGUUUUUGGUGAUGGGCCCGGCGUCGGUUCAGCGCUGGUACGCUCCGCUCGCGUUCGUGGUGUGUCAUUCACUGGCGGCCCAGCCACAGGCGCCCGUAUCAGACGGGACACUGCUGGUGAUAUUGGGAAGCACGUAUCGCUAGAGCUGGGUGGCAAGAACCCAGUAUUAGUCUUUGACGACGUCGAUAUACCUAACGCUGUGCGGUUAGCAGCUCGCGCGGCUUUUGAGAAUAGUGGCCAGAUUUGCCUCUGCGGGUCUCGUGUCUACGUCCAUCGUUAUAUCUAUGAUAGCUUUAUGUCCGCAUUUGUUGCAUAUGUUGAGAAGAAUUAUCGACUAGGAGACACGAUGGGACCUGUUGCUUCUCUGCCGCAUUACAGCAAGAUCAGGUCCUAUCUUCUCCAGGCCCAAGCGGAAUCCGCACAAUUCCACACUGGAGGCAUCCCUUGUGAAGAGCCGCAAGGCUACUGGAUCCCACCCGUUGUUCUGAGUGGCCUCGACACCAAAAGUCGGGUGGUUUCUGAGGAGAUCUUUGGGCCAGUUGUCACCGUGUCGGCUUUUGACUCGGAGGACGAGGCCGUCUCGCUGGCAAACGACAACAUCAACGGGCUGGCGUGCAUUGUCAUGACCAACAACGUAUCGCGGAUGCGACGUGUUGGCGAAAGAAUCGAUGCUGGACUGGUAUGGGUGAAUUGCUGGCUUGUGCGGGAACUAGGCACGGCGUUUGGCGGCGUCAAGGCAUCCGGAGUUGGUCGAGAGGGUGGCGCACAUAGCCGUGAUGUUUUUACCAAUCUACGGACGCUGCAUGUCCCCUCCUCCUGGUAG